AUCCAAUGCGAGAUAGAAACCUACAAGCUCAGAGACUGUCCCCCUUUUACGGCACUUUCCUACACGUGGGGGGCCGAGGACAACGAGAAGGAAAUCAGUUUGAACGGGCUCUCCAAAACCGUACGACUAAACUUGGCCCGGUUUUUGCGUCACGCGCGAGACGAUAUGAACUCCUAUCCCAGCGGCUCUGCAUCCUCCCAUGCUCCCAUUGGGUACUUGUGGAUAGACGCCUUAUGUAUAAACCAAGAGAACGUGAGAGAGCGCAAUGCACAAGUGGCCAUCAUGCGGGAUAUAUACAAAGAAGCCAAGCGAAUUGUCCGCUGGCUGGGG